CAAACCGCGACAAAGAUUGCUCUGCAACCGCGACUCCACUCUCGCCAAAAUCUUCAACUCGGCUUUUUCUCUCUCCAUAAAUUUCAGCGGAUUGUUUGAUUUGCUGGUACUAUUCUCCUAUAGUUUAACUAUCAAUGGACGUGGAAGCAACCUCAAAUUUGCUAUUGCCAGAAGCAUUUCUUGACUUCCUUACUGAGAAUGGUCUCGAUCCUUCAAUAUAUACUGCAAUUGAUUCGAUUCCUCGUUAUAUAAGGUUAAAACCUGGUUGUGAAGCUUAUGUUGAAGAGAUUGAAGGUGAGAUUAAAUGUAAGCUUGAGAAAGUGGGUUGGAUGCCCAAUUUCUACUCUCUUCCACCUCAUAUUCAGAUUGCUAACUCAAAGGCAUAUCAAGAAGGAAAGAUAUAUGGAAUUGAUGCUGCAUCUGGAGCUGCUGUUUCAGCUUUGAAUAUUUCAGCCGGAGAUCACAUAUUAGAUUUGUGCGCUGCUCCUGGUGCCAAAUUAUGUAUGAUGGUAGAUGUUCUUGACAGCUUGGGUUCUGUGACUGGUGUUGAUGUGGCAAGACAUCGGUUAGCAGCCUGUAGAACUAUGCUGCAGAAGUAUGGACUUGGUGAUUGUUGCCGUCUGUUUGUUGCUGAUGGAACAACAUUUUCUUUAGUUCCUACCAGGGCUCAUUCAGAUUCUCAAUCAGGUGCAUCUGCUCCGCAAGAAAAGUUUGAUGUAUACAAGGAGUGGAAAUCUAGAAGACCAUGGAAAGAAAGGAAAAGGGCAGCUAAAGUAAGGGAAAAUGGUGCUUCACAAUUAGUUUCUCGGAUUCAAGAUCCAGAGCUUAUAUAUUACGGAAGACGUUCUGGAGUGAUUGGAAUCAGUAGACAUGAAUUAUAUCAAACUGUGGAUAGCAACGAGCUUCUGCACUGUGGCUAUGACAAGGUCCUGGUGGAUGCAGAGUGCACACAUGAUGGUUCAACUAGACACAUCCAAAAAUUUGAACAAUGGGGCUGGACAACGCUUCAGCGUCGUGUAUUAUGUGCAGAAAGAACUGAUGACUUGACUGUGCUUCAGUUACGUCUUCUAACCAAUGGCUUUAGAUUGCUAAAACUUGGAGGAUUUCUUGUCUACAGCACUUGCAGUUUAACAGUUUCUCAGAAUGAAGAUGUGGUGAAUCAGUUUCUUUUACAAAACGCUUCUGCCAAGUUGCUGGAGAUUGAUGCUGUGAAAAAUUGGCCUUGCAAGAGUGGGCGGAUACCAAAGACCUUACGCUUUGAUCCUUCAACUUCUCGAACUAGUGGACUUUUUGUUGCAAAGUUCACAAAAUUGGCGAUUCAAUGAAGAUUGGUUCUUGCAUAUUCAUUUGUAAAUAUGGUCCAAAGAAAAGAAGAUAUGAUGACAAGACUUGCUGUGUGUCACUGGUUCUUUUGCUCUACUGGAACUGUAAGAUCAUUGGUCAGGCUACCUAUCCUAUUUACGGGCGUUUCUCUCUCCUCACUUCGUGAAAUAUGACUGACACCACUGUUGUGAAGAAGAUAUGUUUCUUAUUGAACUGUCCACUAAAGGGAAAGGGGGCAAUUUCUACUGCUUUGCUAGUUGCUACCAAACCCUGUUUUUCGUUGUAAUACUACUUGAGAUGGAUCACUUGUCACUGAAGUUGCAAUUGCGACCCGUUCUCGCUGCCAAUGCUACUCCAGUUUCCAUGAUGCUUAUCGUUCUUGCACAAGCAAGUCCCUCUUGAUGUGAUUCUUGAAGAUCAUCAAACUCCAAAAAGGAUUUAUCACAGUUCUACUUCAGAGCAUGGGUAAGGAUACCUGAGACACCGGCAAAGAAAGCCCUGUCUCACAUUUCUUGGAGGAGAUUUAUAGCUAUGGUUUUUGAUUAAACAAGAGCUGGGUAGUCUUUGAUCUUCUUGUCAGCUAGAGUCCUUGUGUUAUUUGAUUGCAUAAAUGCUGGGAGUCCAAUACUAAUACCUCUUGACAACAGCCAAAACACUUGGUAGUUAGCAAUGUUGCCAUUGAAUUUUUAGAGCAACUCCAAAUGACUCGGUAAAGAGUCCUUAGCUAUUUUAGAUAGCUUCUCUUUAAAAUGUGGCUCCAACAGGC